GAAAUUAAUAAAACAUGUAUUAUUUUUUUAGAAUGUGGUUUGACGAACACACAGAAACGUAUUGUAGGUGGUGUUGAAACUCAGAUCAAUCAAUAUCCGUGGAUGGUGUUAAUGAUGUUCAGAGGGCGAUUUUACUGCGGUGGAUCUGUUAUAAGUUCUCGUUACGUGCUGACUGCUGCACACUGUGUCGACAGGUUCGAUCCAAAUCUCAUGUCAGUUCGGAUAUUGGAGCACGAUCGCAAUUCAACUACAGAGGCAGAGAUCCAGGAAUUUGAAGUCGAGAAAGUGAUCAAGCACAGCGGUUACUCCACGUUCAACUAUAACAACGAUAUCGCGCUCGUCAAAUUAAAGGACGCCAUUCGAUUCGAGGGAAAGAUGAGGCCUGUUUGCCUUCCAGAACAAGGGAAAACUUUCGCUGGAUUGAAUGGAACAGUGACUGGCUGGGGAGCGGUGCAAGAGGCUGGCGCCAUAUCGCAAACUCUACAGGAAGUGACCGUUCCGAUUCUGACGAAUGCAGAAUGUCGCGCGAGUAACUAUCCGUCGCGAAGGAUUACCGACAAUAUGCUGUGCGCCGGUUACCAAGAGGGAAAGAAGGAUUCGUGUCAGGAGUGGUAUCCUGGGGCGAAGGAUGCGCAAGGCCUGGCUACCCCGGUGUUUACAGCAGGGUGAAUCGUUUCCUCUCGUGGAUAAGUCGCAACACCGAGGACGCGUGUUACUGCUAACGUAAAACGGUGAAUAACGCUUUGAUUGUUUUUAAAUUCAUCGAGCUUUGGCUGACUGAGAACUCGACAUUGUGAAAUUUUUUUUUUUUUUUAAAGACUAGAAUUAUUCACCCUCGCGGGAUAUUUCCUGCGUGAAUUUAAGAUUUUUGGAAAUAUUAAUAGACGACCU